AUGGGAGACAUGCUGGCCGCGCGCUCACAAGAGACAGGACAGGAUGCCUUCUGCUUACUAGAGACCAUAAGCCAUGUGGCUCGGACAAAGCAGACUGCACACAAGUCAACAGGUAGCAAGGCUCCACGCAAGCAACUAGCUACCAAGGUAGCUUGUAAGACUGCACUAGCCACAGGGGGUGUAAAGACGCCGAAUCACUACCGACCUGGCACCGUGGCACCAUGUGAGAUUCGCCGCUCUCAGAAAUCCACUGAGCUGCUGAUCCGCAAGCUCCCAGGCCAGCGCCUGGUACCUGAGGUUGCUCAGGACUUCAAGACUGAUUUUCACUUCCAGAGCUCUGCAGUGAUGGCACUGCAGGCCUGCAAGUCCUACCGGGUGGGGCUCUUUGAGGACACCAACCUGUGUGCUAUCCACGCCAGGCGGGUCACCAUCAUGCCCAAGGACAUCCAGCUUGCAUGCUGAAUCCGCAGGGAGCGGGCCUAG